AUGCCUUACAAUACGCGCCGCAAGUCGCUUUCGUUACCCAGUCUCGGCAUUCACGUCCCAAUGACACAAGCUGCUCGUGCUGCUGCCGCAGCCUCCAAGAGCGCCUCAAGAUCGUCUUCGUCGUCUUCACCCAGUGCUGCCUCAUCCGCCUUGUCAUCACCCUCAUCGGGUUCUGAGGCCCGCGAAGCGCAUCCCAGCAAACGUCAGAAGCGAUCGCAUUCCGACGACAUUGCCAUUGAGCAGACACCACCUCCUUCACCAACACUAGAUUCGAGCCUUGAUUUGGAUACAGCCAAGGCCAAUAUUGAUUUCGAGGCGAUCCGCGACGACAUCGUCGAGGCCGUCAUUGUUCAAUUGCAAUCUACUGGAAACCGUCCUCAUCUGGUCAAAGAGCUUGCUACCGUUUUGGCCCAACGUCUUACCUCUGUGCAACAUUCUGCCAACCCUUGCGCCAUCAUCUCUUCCCGGUUGGCUUCAUAUGCUAAGCGAACAUGCUGGACCGCCCAAAAACCGUGCCCUCUCGCCAAAGAACUCGAGAGCGUCCACCCUCGGAGGACCUACUACUUUCUCACCACUUGCCCUCGUCAACCCAUCCCUGAACCUAGCUCCGCUGUGCCCUCUCUUUCCGCCCUUGACACACCUUCCGUAUCGCUGACGGACGAUUCUGGCUCUGAUGAUGUCGAAGCUCGCAGGCGCGAGCUCAGUCCCUCGCCCGAGGUCGAUCUCUCGGACCAUGGAUUUGAGGAAGGUGACGAUGAAGUCAUGAUGCCUGCUACCCCCAUCGGCUCUCUUCCUUCUCAUCAUCGUUUUGUACCAAACCGUCGCAACAGUCGUCAUAACUCACCGCCUCUGGAAAAAGACGAGCGGGAGUUUACACAAACGGCCGAUUUCUUGCAGAAACGCAAGUUUGCCGAGGACACCCCUGCUGCUGAGACCGCCGAUCGCACCACUCACACUUCCGAGUAUGGAUACCGCGACGACUUUUGGUUCGGUGACCACCGCAUCUUCACUUCAAGUGCCUUGCUUACCAGCCCCGCGGUCAAGCCUAGCUCCAUGUCAAACAUGACAUCAGGUCCCCGAAAAGAAGAUGAUGGUGAAAGCUGGUUGAAAUUCAGCAAGCUUAUGGAAUGGGACCAAGGUGCUGAGAGCAUUGAGAUUGAUGAGCUUGAUUGCCUGCUUGACACAUGUUGA